AUGUUCUCCCUCAGCAUCAUCGGCUUUCUUCUGGCAUAUACUCGUUUCGCAAAGGCCGACCUUUGCGCUGACAUCGCAGGAAAGACGUUCGUCCCACCUGCCGCCGCCUUAGCCUGCCUAAGGUCUUUCCCCUUUAACGAGACCUUGCGAGUCAAUGUCUUAAACAAUGCCGCUCGCGUACUUGACUUCUACACCUUUGAGGAGUAUUACUUGAAAUCCCCUCCGCCCUUUCAGGAGUCCACGGUUAAUAUCAGAGAAGCUCUUGCCCGAAUGAAUGCGACAGCUUACGAGACCGAUUACGAUUUUAGCUGGGACCUUUACAUGUUCACGACUCGAAUGAAUGAUGGCCACACCCGCUGGUUCCCAGAUUGUUACAACACGUACCAAAAUGUCCUAUCGGCACCGGUAAUCACGGCUUCCGUGAACGGUCAACAGGGCGUGUACAUCGCCCCCGACGCUGUCGAGUUCCUAUCCCUGCUAGGCGAAGAGUUCACCUCGUUCUUCGAUUCUAUUCAUUUCAACUGGACACGAUUAGCAGGUGCUAAGGUCCUCGCGAUCGAAGAUAAAGAUCCUUAUGAUUAUGUCGAUACCAUUGCAUCGACGGUCUCGGGAAACUUCCUUGAUCACGGCGUCCGCGUAAACUCGGUUUUCACAAGUUACAGGAUUUCCGGCACCGACUUUUCCCAGCGCCUCGGUGAUCUAGCAGGUCCCAUCGGUGUAGUCCAAACAGAAGUCAAGUUCAAAUUGGUUCCUGUCGGUUCCACUAGUGCGGAGACAGUGACUGUACCGUUUUUGGCAAACUUUUUGGGGGUUCCUUUUACUGAUGCACAGUCUUUCUGGGCCAAUAACUGUGCGGCGAACGAGAACACCAAUGGUCGUGAUAAUAAGGGUGUGGCCUCCUUUACAAGUUUGCCCGCAAAGCGCCGUCUCGCCAAGGGUGAGAUCAUCGACCUUUCGAAUUCUAGCGCUGUUGGUUUGCCGCAACAGUUUAUGCCCACCCUUCCUCCUGUCAGCGGAAGCACUGGGGUAAUCAAGUCAUAUAUCCUACCCGGAAAUCAUACUGGGGUCAUGUUCGUCGGUUCGUUCGGCGGCGACUUUGAUGCAUUCAUGUCCGAUGUCGUUCAAUCCAUCAGCGCAUUCCAGGAGGCCGGCGUUACCCGCUUACUCCUGGACCUGACCAACAAUGGUGGCGGGUUUGUCUGCUUGGGGCAAUUCCUCUUCCAAUAUCUUGCUGGUUCUAGCUUUGGUUAUCCCGGCUUUGUAUCCACCACUCGCGGUAAUAUACUCGCACAGAAGGUUCUUGCUUCGGAUAUUGCGCUGGGAAAUGACGACACUAUAACCUUUUACACUGCUGAUAAUUGGGCAUUUCUGAACGACACUCAAAUGCCAGCCACGUUCAACUAUCUGGAUCCCGUGGUGAAUUUUGUCGUCAAUAAUGUUUCUGACCCUACCUCUCAGCGUUUCCACGAUACUUGUGGAUUGUCAUUCACCCAGCCCAUUCCGGAGAAUCCUCCCUUUGAUCUUGACAACAUCGCCAUCGUUGGUAACGGAAAUUGCGCCUCUACGUGCGCGAUGUUUAGUACGCUCAUGAACGAACACUUCCACACCAAGAACGCUGUGUUUGGUGGGAAACCGGGAGAGAAUGUGGAGUUCAAAGGAAUGGCCGGUAACCAGGUGCUGGAAUGGGCUGAUUUGGAUUCGGAGAUUAAGACCGCUGACUUGGAGAACGACCCAUUAGCUCCCCCGGAUCUGUUGGUCUCUGGUAACUUCCGUGUGAACUGGCGAACAGCAUGGAGUUUCUUUGAUGAGAAUACACCUAUUGCUUAUGUAUCCGAACUUCCGAGAUUCCGCUUCCCAUACACCUUCGACACGUACAACAACCCCCAGAAUCUGUGGAUCUUCGCGAACAAAGAGCUCUUCCCACCACCUCCUCCUUCGCAUCAUCAUCAUCACCAUUUCAUUUAG